GUAAAAUUCUGCUCCUCCCGUCAAUAAACUCCGGCUUGAGAAGGGUAUCGGGAGAUCUUUGAAAACAAGAGAUCGAUCGAGAAGGGAGUCCUAAAGCCGACCGGGCGUGUCGGAUCAUCGAUCGAGAAGGGCUACAGCCGAUGGCCUCCAUCCCUCUGCGUAACACCCUAUGAGGUGUAAGGAACACAUUUUUUGGUCAGUUUGGUGGAUACGGUGAUUUGUUUUGUAUCUUGAAUGAUAUAUAUUUGAUCAUGUUAGGGCUUUCUUUAUUAUUCCUACAACUACAACUGUUUCCUCUUGACUCAAAGUCUAGUCAUGUCUGAACCAAACUCAGGGUAUGGACUUCUUUCCAAUGGGCAUGCAUGUCACGAUCCUGAUUGUACGAUUGAUAUGUAUCAAUUGAGUUGGCGAUUGAAGGCAUUACACGAACAUUGGAAUAAAUAUAGGGAUGAACUUUGGGGCUCUUCUAAUGUUCUAGCUAUAGCAACACCUCCUCCAUCUGAUGACUUGAGUUACUUGAAAUCUUCGGCCAUGAUUAUUUGGUUGUUUGGAUGCGAGUUCCUAGAAACAAUUAUGAUUAUCGUAGAAAAGCAGAUCCAUUUCUUAUGUUUCGAGGAGGUAGCAUCCUUGCUUGAAGCUGUGAAAGAAACAAUUCAACAUGCGGACUCUCUAGAUAUUGUCGUGCAUGUGAAGUCAGAAGGUGAGGAUGGGACUACACAGAUGGAUGCUAUUUUCAAUUCAAUCCGCACACAACUGAAGUCACCUGUGGUUGGGUACAUCGCAAAAGAGGCUCCUGAAGGUAAACUCCUUGAGAUGUGGGCUGAUAAGUUAAAGAAUUCUGGACUGCAGCUUGGUGAUAUAACACAUGGAAUAUCUGACAUCUUAGCUUUAAAAGACCCUAUGGAGAUACAGAAUGCAAGGAAAGCUGCUUAUCUGACUGCUUCUAGAAUGAAGUACUGUGUUGUUCCAAAGCUUGAGAAGGUCAUAUACGAGGGGAAGAAAGCAACACAUUCUUCACUCUCGGAAGAGACAAUGAUGGCUGUGCUGAAAGAGUCUGAGAAUGUUGGUGUUUGUUACGCGCCCAUCUUCCAGAGUGGUGGGAAAUUUGAUCUCAGACCCAGUGCCAUUAACGAUGAUGAAACUCUGUACUAUGAUUCUGGAAGCGUUAUUAUAUGUGCUCUUGGGUCCCGAUACAACAGUUACUGCUCAAAUGUUGCUAGAACAUAUCUUAUUGAUCCGACCUCAGCGCAGAUGAAGGCUUAUGAAGUGCUUCUCAAAGCCCAAGAGGCAGCAAUCGCUGCCUUGAAAGCAGGUAAUAAGAUCAAUGCCGUUUAUCAGGCGGCGCAUGCUGUGGUUGAGAGGGAUGCCCCCGAGCUGGUUACCAACUUGACAAAAUCAGCAGGUUGGGGAAUGGGUCUUGAGUUUUGGGAGUCGGGAUUGCGGCUAAAUGCAGAAAAUGAUAAAGUGCUGAAGCAAGGAAUGGUCUUUAAUGUGUCUCUGGGUUUUCAGAAUCUGCAGGCUGAAACCAUCAACCCAAAGAGUAGGAAUUUCUCACUUAUUCUUGCAGACACAGUGAUUGUAACAAGUGAAAGCUGUGAGGUUGCAACCCAGCUGAUCUCCAAAGCUCUCGAGGAUGUGGCAUACUCAUUCAAUCCGGAUGGAGAGGAGGAGAAGCAUUUAAGCAAUGCAUUGAACAUUAUCAACGAAGCUUUGCUUUCAAGGGCAAUGCAUCGCACACACAAUCAACGCGAAGGGUUGGAAAGAGGGGCAAGCUUUGUAUACAUGGUGAAAGGUGAGGAGUCAGACAGUGAGGAUGAGAGGUGGAGGAAGAAGAGUUUUGGUAAGUUAAGGGGGUUAGAGCUCCCUAGUAUUGCAGGUCCCUCGAAGCGCCUCAAGUUCAGGUAAGAUCCGUUUUCACUAGCAUUGAAUAAGUGGUUAAGCGAAGAAGCCUCUUCAACAUUUUUGCGCAACUAUCCUAUUAUUGUUUGUUUAUUCCUUGCUACCUUCCAAUGCCUGGUGGAGAGGUAGUAGGAGCACUGUUUUAACGCUUUCUUUCAUUUGGUACUUGUAGAAUGCAUGUUUGUGUUGUUUUGGAUCAUCUACCAAUCACAUUAUCACAUUGGGAAAAAAAGUUGUGUGUGCUUA